AACUACUAUGAUAGAUAGUAACUUUUUUUUCAAUAAUCUUUCUAAUCUUGAAAUUCUUCGUCUUUAUGAUAUGGAAGAUGUUUCUUUUAAUGAUAUUAUCUUAUUAAAAAAUCUUAAAUUUCUCGUUUCUGCAUAUAUAAAUAUAUAUGAUAUGUAUUUUCAAAUUUAUACUUCUUUUAAUCAGCGAUGUGAAAAUAAUUUAAUAGUUAAUAUUAAAAAUUACGAACAUCAAGAUGCAUUAAAAAUUUUUAAUUCUUGGAUCGAACAUUUAAAAUCUCUUUCA